AUUAUUUCUGAGAAACAGUGUCUCGGUUGGGACAAACCGGAAACUAAAGUCACGUGGCAGCAUUGUUUAAAUACUAGUCGGGUCUCAAGUACGAGAGGUGGAAGACGUUGAAUGAUGUUGAAUAAUUUGAUGACAAUUCGCCAGGCUGUAGUAAGGUCAUGCAUCCUUGCAGAGAGAUUGGUCAAACCCACUACCUGUGGAUUUGUUUCUGCUCAGAUUCGCUGUAAACACACAUUACCUGAUCUCCCAUAUGACUACAAUGCUUUAGAGCCAUAUAUCAGUGCUGAUAUUAUGAAACUCCACCACCAAAAACAUCAUGCUACGUAUAUCAACAAUCUCAAUAUUGCAGAAGAGAAACUGGCUAAUGCAGUAGCCAAAGAGGAUACAUCAACUAUCAUUAGUCUUCAACCUGCUCUGAAGUUCAAUGGUGGAGGCCAUCUCAACCAUAGCAUAUUUUGGGAAAUACUGAGUCCACAUGGAGGAGGAGAACCUGAAGGUGAUUUGCUGGCAGCCAUUGUAAGAGAUUUUGGAUCUUUUGAGAAAAUGAAGAAUGACUUAGUUGCUUCCAGUGUGGCAGUGCAAGGUUCUGGAUGGGGAUGGUUAGGCUAUGAUGCAGUAUCUAAACAGCUAAAAAUAGCAACUUGUGCUAAUCAAGAUCCACUGAAAGCAACCACAGGUUUGGUACCGCUGUUUGGCAUCGAUGUGUGGGAACAUGCCUAUUAUCUGCAAUACAAGAAUGUACGUCCAGAUUAUGUGAAAGCUAUUUUCAACAUCGCUAACUGGAAGAAAAUUGCUGCACUGUUCAAAGCUGCUACUGAGUCAGCUUAACUCAAGAAGUGAUUCAACAAAUUCUUUAAAAUAUUAUAAAAUCCAAAGGUGGGAAUAUUUCCUACAAAUGUUUGUAAUGCAAUAGACACACACACACACAAUAUGUAUUACAUAGUGAUAAUUGAAAGUAUGUUAGAAGUGAAAGUAAGUUUCAGUUAUUAUGGUUUAUAGUGUUGAUAGAAGUAAAGUGAGAGGAAUCAAUAAGGAUGUUAGUUGUUUGAUUCACUAACUUUACUAACCAAUUCUUUGUUUUGUUUUCUUACAUAUCUCUUGUAAAUCAAACUUUCUUAUAUAGCAGUCUUUUGUUUUAUGACACCUUCUAGUGUGUCAAUUUUUUUUUUUUUUUUUUUCAGUUACUCUCUCUGGUGUAACUAUAUUUCUUGUCAUAGUUCUCUCUGUUGUGUAUUCCCUAACUAUAUAUCUCUAUGAUAAUAUAGCUGACAUAUCUGCAUUUCUAAGAUCAUGGAACUGUUGACUUAAUUUUCUGUCUGUACUUUAUAUUUCACUGUCUUCUGGUGUCAUAGUGUUAACUCAUUAUUGUACAUGAGGCUAAAUGGACACCUAACUGUUCUUUAGGACAAUAGCAGAGGAGACAAAAAUCAUUGAAACCCAAUAUUUUGAAAAAAGAUAAGAAUGUUAUGUGGAUGGGAAUACAGAGGAUAAGGUUAAUCUCUUCAAUAGAAUAUAGAAGUAUAAUUUACUUUUAUUCCAAUGGUAAUCUUUAUGAAUCUUAGUGCAUGUGUUAAUAUUAUUAUAGUCAAAAGUUUUUUUUUCGAGUUUUCCGAGGUGUUUAAAAUGAGUUUGUUAAUUCUCUUCCUUGCUUUUUAAAUUGUCAUUUUGUGUGACUCAAAGUUGCAUCAAAAAUAGGCCAUUUGGGGUUGUUCCUAUAGUAAGGACUUUUAAUUUUUGAGGGGGUCUUUUUUAAAUCCUUGGGGGUUAUGAGAUAGAAUGAUUUUAUGUUAAAGAGCUUCAUAGACACUACUGCAACAUUUUAACACAGCUUCCCAGAGUAGGGGCGAAGUUUGCUUCUAAAACUUGAUGGUAUUCACAAAACAUAUUAAACACUGAUUUAAGUCAUUUGCUUACACCACUAGAUCAAUGCUAUCUUUAAAUUUCAAUAAAGUUUUGACUCAGCAAUACUUGAUAUCUUUUA